CUCUGCAUCCGGGUGAGAGGGCAGCUCCCAGCUGGAAGAGCCGCUCUGCGCUUCCGGCCCGAGGGGCUGCUCGGCGCCGCCCGCGGGGGGCCUGUCCCGCCCGCCUCCGCCCCGCCUGGCGUAAAAGGAUACAUGUUCACCUCAAGUAGGAAGGAGCAUGUUCCCAAAUUCCUCCAACUUGGGUCGUCCACCCUUCCCUCCAAAACAUCAGCAACAGAGUAAUUUCUUCAAUAAGCUUCCUCUAAAUAUGCCACCUGCUUUUCUUUCUCACCAGCAAAGUAUUGAUACUCAGUUUAAUUUUCAGAAUGCAGCGGCUCUUUUGAGUGGGAACCUUGCAACUGUUCCAGCUGUUACACUGCAGCCAAUGACUUAUGGAAAUGGCAGUCCAGUACGUACAUCUGAUGCCUCCACAUUAUUCCGAGGAAAAAAGAGACUAAGGGAACAAAGUGUUCCACAUGAUGCCAAACGGCAGCGGUUUCCUUCAUAUCAUCCCGAAACAACUGUAGUUAACCAAGCAGUGCCUUUACCAGAAGAACGUAGAUACUCCUUCCCAGGAUCAGUUCGUUCACCGCUGCUCCGUGCACAUCAGGAACCAGAUUUAACUGGACGUAUCCCUCCAUUGCAUGAUAGUUUGUUUCUAGACUCCAUAGAAACCACCCUCCCUGUGGCCAAAGAUAAGUUAAGUCAGCAGGUUUUGGAUUUGUUUCAAGCAUGUCAGCAACAGACCUGUGAUUUAAACAGAAAAGAGCUCUGCAGAACAGAACUCCAGAGAGAAAUUCAGCGAAUUUUUCCACAGAGCCGACUCUUUUUGGUUGGGUCCUCACUGAAUGGGUUUGCUACUCGUACCAGUGAUGGUGACUUGUGCCUGGUGGUUAAAGAAGAACCAGUAAAUCAGAAGACUGAAGCAAGACAUAUACUCAGCUUAAUCCAAAAACUCUUCAGUACUAAACUUUCAAGCUACAUUGAGCGACCUCAGCUGAUACGCGCAAAAGUGCCAAUAGUGAAGUUCAGGGAUAAAGUCAGCCGUGUGGAGUUUGACUUGAAUGUAAACAAUGUUGUAGGAAUAAGGAAUACAUUCCUUCUGAGAACCUAUGCAUACAUUGAGAAUCGAGUUCGUCCAUUAGUACUUGUGAUUAAGAAGUGGGCAAGUUUUCGUGAUAUAAAUGAUGCCAGUCGUGGUACUUUAAGCAGCUAUAGUCUUGUAUUGAUGGUUUUGCACUAUUUACAGACCCUACCUGAACCCAUCCUUCCAUCCCUCCAAAAAAAUUACCCAGAAUGUUUUGAUCCUACUAUGCAGCUGCAUCUUGUUCAUCGUGUUCCACGUACUAUUCCUCCUUAUCUCUCAAAAAAUGGAUCAAGCCUUGGAGAUUUGCUAAUAGGCUUUUUCAAGUACUAUGCCACAGAAUUUGAUUGGAGCCACCAAAUGAUUUCAGUUCGUGAAGCCAAAGCUAUUCCAAGACCUGAUGGUACUGAAUGGAGAAACAAAUUUAUUUGUGUAGAAGAGCCCUUUGAUGGGACAAACACUGCUAGAGCUGUACAUGAAAAACAGAAGUUUGAUAGGAUCAGAAGUGAAAUUCUGCAGACUUGGAGGAUAUUAGGAGACAAGAAAGAUCUGAACUAUGUAUUACCUUUAAGAGCAGUCAUACAGAAAAGAUAACCAACUUCUUUCACUUUCUUCUUCCUGGAUCCUGCUGAAAUAAAGAAGAGUAUCAAAAUCAAGAAGCAGUUACCACAUGUUUUUUAAUGAUACGUUUUUCUCUGUAAACUUUUGUUAAGGAAAUGUUUAUAAGAAAGAUUGCAUAUUUUAUUAUUGAAAUUUGUUAAUAUAGCUGUUCAUUCAAAUAUAUCUUUUCUGAAAGUGCUUGCAUUGUUGACUUAUAGAAGAAACUGAAACAGCAAACCACAAGAAUAAAUCCAUUUUAAGGAAAAUAUGGGGAUAUAGUGACUUGUUGUUUCCAGUAUCUGUGUAAUCAUUAAUUCAGACACAUUUAUAAAGACGUUCAGAGGCAAAUAAUGUGCACGUCUGUCUAUAUCCUUAAAAUAUUGCUCAUAGUACCCACUUCUUGAUGAACAGCCAGCCUCUGUUUUACAUCUGCUUAAUUGCAUUAAGCACUUUUGCUCAACUGGGCACUUUCCAGUUUUAUUUCCCUUUUACAUGGAACAACAAGCAACAGUUUAUGAAAAUUAAGAUAGAUUAUGGUUGGUAGUGUUCUAGAUAUCAAGAAUUGUAAUCAAAACUGGAAUUUUCAAGCAACAGGUCUACUGCAAAGAUGAUGAAAUAAAAAAGGACAAAUCAAUAUACAUAAAUGCUUCAUAUUUAUAUGGAGUAAGCAAGAUCCUUCUUAGUGCUUCCUUUUACAUAUUUGCAGUAGUAGUGAUGUCUUCUUUGGGGAAAAAAAAAAGGGGAGGGGAGGGGAUGGUGAAAAAAAAAAAAAGGGAAAAAGCCCCACACCCCAACCCUACCACUGCUACAACAAUAGGCUGGACUUCUGUUUUAAUUAUGUGUAAAUAUUUGUAAAUGGCUCAGCUACUGUAAAUUAAAUUUAUAAAAGUAACCUUGAAAAUUUUAGCUGUUCCAAAACUAGAGUUGUGAACCCUCUUUAGACCUGCUGUAGCACAAUUUGUGCCUCUCCUAAAUUUGUUAUUGAAGACCAAUUCAUUGUUAGAACUGUACUUACCAUUAAUGUCAAAUUCAUAUUCUCAUUUUUUUAAGUUUCAUAUUUUGUAUGGUGUCCGAUGGAAUAAAGUUUGUAUAUGGAAGAUA